GCCGGGUCAGACGGUGGCCAACCUCGGGCGCGUACACUACAGGUCGGGCUCUGGCGAGACCAUGCGCGCUGGUGCUGCCCCCCGCGCGUCGACCACCACUACACCCUACCCUUCAUCACACCCCUGACGCCCCCCACACACGCCCCCCACACGCCCACACCCUCAGACUAUGUGAGGGGAUGGGCUAUGGACGUCACGGGAUCAUUACUGACAAGUUUAACAAGGAAUAUGCAACAUUCUUGAGGUUAAUGAAGAUGAACGUAGCGUUUCUCGAGUAGCAAGUUGGUAUAGUUUGACCGUGUCGUAGCGCAGUGCUCAGCUCAUACGGGUGAUCAUUCUCUUGAGAGGAGCUGUUGUACCACGUCCUCUGUACUAGAGCUGUUCCCCCAGGCUGUAACCAGGCUGUACCUUAGCGUGUUAUCCAGGGUGUAAACUCUGCUGUACCACAGCUGUAGCCAGGCUGUAGCGCCCGUGUCACUACAGCUGCUGGCCGCCCCCCCCGGCCGCCGCCCCCAUCACCACCAGUCAUCCAGCUGCACGCCUCGCAGGGAAUGGAGUCACCAUCUGCCUGUUUGUGAUCCUAAGUGGUGGAGCUGCUGGAGGAGUGAGGGAGAAGCAGUGACCACCGCAGAAGAGCAGCAAGAAGAGCAUCAGUGGAAGCAGCAUCAUCAAGCAGAGGCUGAGAGUGUAGCAGGAAGAGUGAGCAGUGUGGCGGUCAUGUCCUGGCCUCAGCAGUAGACAAUGAGCGAGGAAUCAGAGUCCCUGAAUGAGGAGGAACGAAGCGUAUUCCGACCGUUUACCCGAGAGAGUCUCGCUGCCAUAGAAGCCCGCGUCGCAGAGGAACAUGCUAAAAAGAAUGAACUACAAAAGAAGAAGGAGGAGGGGGAGGGAGGUGGAAUGAAAUUUGGAAGAAAAAAGAAAGAAGCUGUCUACAAUGAAGACGAUGACGACGAGGGGCCCCAGGCCGACCCCAACCUGGAGCAGGGCAUGCCGCUCCCUAAUCGCCUUCAGCAGAUGUUCCCCGACGAGCUGGUGGGCACGCCGCUUGAGGACAUUGAUCCCUACUACAUGAAUCAGAAGACGAUGGUGGUGGUGAGCAAGGGGAAGGACAUCUUCAGGUUCAGCGCCACCGACGCCAUGUGGCUCCUCACCCCCUUCAGCGCGGUCCGCCGGACGGCCAUAUUCAUCCUCAUUCAUCCCCUCUUUAAUUUCUUCAUCAUCUGUACCAUCCUGGCCAACUGUGUUCUCAUGAUCGUCCCCACCAGUGAGACUAUAGAGGCUUCAGAAGUGGUGUUCACCGCCAUCUACACCUUCGAGUCCGGGGUGAAGGUGAUGGCGCGAGGGUUCAUCCUAGAGAGCUUCACAUAUCUUCGAGACGCCUGGAACUGGCUCGACUUCACAGUCAUUUCCUUAGCGUACGUGACAAUGGGGAUUGACCUGGGGAACCUGGCUGCCUUGAGAACAUUCCGAGUGUUGCGAGCUUUGAAGACUGUGGCUAUUGUUCCAGGUCUCAAGACGAUCGUGGGUGCUGUGAUAGAGUCGGUCAAGAACCUACGAGACGUGAUCAUCCUGACCGUGUUUUCUCUCUCCGUUUUUGCCUUACUUGGACUCCAGAUUUAUAUGGGAGUAUUGACCCAAAAGUGUGUCAGAAAGUUUGAUUUUACUAAAGAGAAUUGGACAGACGAAGAUUACUUCAUAUUUAACAGUAAUAAAUCCAAUUGGUUAGGGGACGAUAAUACAAAGGUUUACCCCUUAUGUGGCAACAGUAGUGGCGCUGGGCCAUGUCCGGCGGGAUACAUCUGUCAGCAAGGGUUCGGCCCCAACCCCAACUAUGGCUACACCAACUUCGACAGCUUCGGGUGGGCCUUCCUGUCAGCCUUCAGGCUCAUGACACAAGACUUCUGGGAGAACUUAUAUCAACUGGUGCUACGUUCGGCCGGCCCUUGGCACAUCAUAUUCUUCGUGGUGAUCAUCUUCCUGGGGUCGUACUACCUGGUGAACCUCAUCCUGGCCAUCGUGGCCAUGUCUUACGACCAGCUGCAGAAGAAGGCGGAGGAGGAGGAGGAAGCGGCCUUAGCUGAAGAAGAAGCACUCAGGGAGCAAGAGGUGGCGGCGCAGGAAGCCACCAACCAGGCGCUGGCCAUGGCCAGGGGGGAGAUCGACGUGGGGUCGAUGGGCAAGUCGCCCUCGGACACCUCCUACCAGUCCUACGAGCUCUUCGUCGACCAGGACAAGGUCAACGACGACAACAACAAGGAGAAGAUGUCCAUCAAGAGUGAUGGCGGCGAGUCCAUCCACGACAUCAAGGCGCGACCCAACGGCAAGCUGGCGUCCACCAGGAAGGCGAGCAUUAGUCUGCCAGGCUCCCCAUUUAACAUACGGAGAAGCUCCCGAGGUAGCCAUCAGUUCACCUGGCGGACCACAAAUGGCCGGCGCUUUGGUGACAAGAAGCCGCUGGUGCUGUCCACGUACCUGGACGCCCAAGAGCACCUGCCCUACGCCGACGACUCCGCGGCGGUUACACCCAUGAGCGAGGAGAAUGGCGCCAUCAUCGUGCCGGUGUAUACAAACCUGGGCUCCCGACACAACUCCUACACAUCCCACACCUCCCGCAUUUCCUACACCUCUCACGGCGACCUGCUCAACGGCAAGCCUCCCACCACCAAAGAGUCGCAGCUGCGGUCAAGGUCGCGCAACAUGGCCUCCUCCCUCGUCCCAGAGCUGGACAAUAAGCACAUGCUGCAGAUGCUUCCGCUCAAACUGGAGGGUGAAGCUCUCACUAAGAAAGAAGACGAGGUCAUUGAUAACAUCAUUCGUGAAAUAUUUGGGCCAGAUAUCAACCUUGAAUAUAUCGACAAAGAUGCAUCCGUACAAGGCACUCCGCUAGCAAGAUCAAAAGAAAACGUUGUAGACGGGUCGAUGGAUCCCGACGAGGUGUUGGCGCUCAAGCUCAAGAACCAGGAGUCCAACCCCUUCAUAGACCCCAUCCAGAAACACACCGUUGUUGACAUGAGAGACGUGAUGGUUCUCAACGACAUCAUCGAGCAGGCAGCAGCGCACGCAGGCAGACAGAGCCGGGCCAGCGACCACGGGGAUGACGAGGUUUCCAUCUAUUAUUUCCCCGCAGAAGAGGAGGAAGAAACCUUUAAGGAAAAAAUCAAGAAAAAACUAUUAGAGUAUUUGCUGAAAUGCAUUGACCUCUUCUGUGUUUGGGACUGUUGUGCGGUGUGGGUCAAGUUUGCAGAGUAUGUUGAGUUACUAGUGUUCGAUGCUUUUGUUGAGCUGUUCAUCACUCUAUGUAUCGUCGUCAAUACUCUCUUCAUGGCCAUGGAUCACUACGGCAUGAACGAUGGCUUCUCCAACUUCCUGCAAAUGGGAAAUUACUUCUUCACGGCCACCUUCACCAUCGAGUGCUUCCUCAAGAUCAUCGCCAUGAGCCCCAAGUACUACCUGCAGGAGGGCUGGAACAUCUUCGACUUCAUUAUCGUCUUUCUCUCCCUCCUGGAGCUGGGUCUGGCCAACGUCUCCGGUCUCUCCGUCUUGAGAUCCUUCCGUUUGUUGCGAGUGUUCAAGCUAGCCAAGUCGUGGCCGACCCUCAACCUGCUCAUCUCCAUCAUGGGCAAGACUGUGGGCGCCCUCGGUAACCUCACCUUCGUCCUCUGCAUCAUCAUCUUCAUCUUCGCCGUCAUGGGCAUGCAGCUCUUCGGCAAGAACUACAUUGACAACGUGACGCGGUUUCCAGAGAGUCAUGAUGGCCAGCUACCGCGCUGGAACUUCACGGACUUUAUGCACUCCUUCAUGAUAGUGUUCCGGGUGCUGUGUGGGGAGUGGAUUGAGAGCAUGUGGGACUGUAUGCUGGUGGGAGACUACUCCUGUAUACCCUUCUUCAUGGCUACCGUCAUCAUAGGUAACUUGGUGGUGCUGAACCUGUUCUUGGCCCUGCUACUGAGCAGCUUCGGCGCCUCCAACCUCUCCGCGCCGGUGAGUGAUGGUGAGCCAAACAAGCUGUCCGAGGCCUUCGACCGCAUAGCCCGCUUCAAAGCUUGGGUGAAGGGUUCCAUCAUGAACGGUCUGAAGCAUAUCCGCGCCAAGCUUACCAACCAGAUCAGCGAUCAGACACCAGUGUUGACGCGGCGUCUUACAGACCCACGGGACGGGGAGGCCGACGACAUCAUGAUGGACGGACAGAUGGCCAACAAGAAGCUCCCCAAGGACCACACCCACGUCGACAUUCCCAUGGACGGCUUCGACUUUGUAGAUGGUAAGAUCAAGAGCAACUCGGUCAUCAACAACAGCAAACACAUCGGCAACUCCAUCAGCAAGGACAACCGAGGAGAGAUUAUCGAAAACGACUACAGCAACAAGAAGGUCCGCCUGGAGGAGGACGCAGUCAGCAACAACUCGCUCGGCUCCCACAAGAAUCGCAAGCUGAAGAGCGACAGCGGAAGCCACAAGGGUUCCUCAGAGUCCCUCGACGACGGCGAGGAGAAGAAAGAUGCGAGUAAGGAGGACCUGGAGGAUGGUAUGCUACUUGAUGAUUUCCAUGGUUCCAGUGGCGACGAGGAGGUGGUGGAGGAAGACGUGCAAGCUCCUGGACCCAUGAUGGAUUCCGGAAGUGAUGUGAUCCUCGAUUACCCUGCAGAUUGCUUCAAAGAAGCCUGUUAUGUGAAGUGUCCUUGGUGUGCGGGUGACCCGGAGUCCCCCUUCUGGCAAGGAUGGGGGCACCUGCGCCUGAAGACUUACCAACUUAUAGAGAACAAGUACUUCGAGACGGCUGUCAUCACUAUGAUCCUGCUGUCGUCACUGGCCUUAGCGCUGGAGGACGUCGACCUCAAGUAUCGGCCGGUCCUCCAGGAUGUACUCUACUAUAUGGACAGGAUCUUCACCGUCAUCUUCUUCAUUGAGAUGUUGAUCAAGUGGGUGGCUCUCGGCUUCGCUAAGUACUUCACCAACGCUUGGUGCUGGCUCGACUUUCUUAUUGUGAUGGUGUCACUGAUAAACUUGGCUGCUAUUUGGGCCGGAGCUGACGACAUACCAGCGUUCAGGUCGAUGAGAACAUUGCGCGCCCUGCGGCCUCUCCGGGCAGUGUCGCGCUGGGAGGGCAUGAGAGUGGUGGUUAACGCCCUGGUGGGAGCCAUCCCGUCAAUCGUCAACGUGUUGCUGGUGUGUCUCAUCUUCUGGCUCAUCUUCGCCAUCAUGGGUGUCCAACUCUUCAACGGCAAGUACCACAAGUGUGUGGACGAGGAAGGAUUACGACUCAGCGCCGAAGACGUCCCUGAUAGACAGCGGUGUUUGGAGAGGAACUUUUCCUGGGUGAACAGCGAAGUGCACUUCGACCACGUCGGGAUGGCCUACCUCGCCCUCUUCCAGGUCGCCACCUGGAAAGGAUGGAUCCAAAUCAUGAACGAUGCCAUCGACUCAACUCAGGUGGAGUAUCAGCCCAUGCGAGAGGUCAACCUCAACAUGUACCUGUACUUCGUGUUCUUCAUCAUCUUCGGGUCGUUCUUCACCCUCAACCUCUUCAUUGGUGUCAUCAUCGAUAACUUCAAUGAGCAGAAAAAGAAGGCAGGAGGGUCGCUGGAGAUGUUCAUGACUGACGACCAGAAGAAAUAUUACAAUGCCAUGAAGAAGAUGGGCGGCAAGAAGCCUCUCAAGGCCAUCCCUCGGCCACAGUUCCGCCCACAAGCCGUGGUGUUCGAGAUAGUGACUAACAAGAAGUUCGACAUGAUCAUCAUGAUCUUCAUCGGUAUGAACAUGCUCACCAUGACUAUGGAUCACUACAAUAUGACAGAGGAGUGGAAGUCAGUGUUGAACAACUUGAACCUCAUCUUUAUCUGUAUCUUCACGUCGGAGUGUGUCCUCAAGGUCUUCGCUCUCAGAUGGCACUACUUCAAGGAGCCGUGGAACCUCUUCGACUUUGUGGUGGUCAUCAUGUCCAUUCUGGGUCUGGUGCUGAAGGACAUCAUCGAGAAGUAUUUCGUCUCGCCGACGCUGCUUCGUGUGGUGCGAGUAGCCAAGGUGGGACGAGUCUUGCGUCUAGUCAAAGGCGCCAAAGGCAUCAGAACACUACUCUUCGCUCUGGCCAUGUCCCUCCCUGCUCUCUUCAAUAUCUGCCUCUUGCUUUUCCUCGUUAUGUUCAUCUUUGCUAUCUUCGGCAUGUCUUUCUUCAUGAACGUCAAGCACACUGGAGGUCUGGACUCUGUGUACAACUUUGAGACCUUCUUCCAGUCCUUCAUCUUGCUGUUCCAAAUGAUGACGUCAGCGGGAUGGGAUGGUGUGCUAUCCGGCAUUGUUAACGAAAAAGAGUGCAAAACACCCAAUCCCGAGAUUGGUGACCCCGGCAACUGCGGCAAUCAGGCUAUCGGCAUCGCUUACUUGUUGGGUUAUCUAGUCAUCAGCUUCCUCAUCGUCAUUAACAUGUACAUCGCUGUCAUCCUCGAAAACUACUCCCAGGCGACGGAAGACGUCGAAGAGGGUCUAACUGAUGAUGACUACGAUAUGUAUUAUGAAAUCUGGCAACAGUUCGACCCUAAAGGCACGCAGUUUAUUGAAUUCCAUAUGCUGUCGGACUUUCUAGAUAUCCUAGAGGCGCCUCUUCAGAUUCACAAGCCAAAUAAGUACAAAAUUGUGUCAAUGGACAUACCGAUAUGCAAAGGAGACCUUGUGUUCUGCGUGGACGUCUUGGACGCGCUUACCAAGGACUUCUUUGCACGCAAAGGCAACCCAGUGGAGGACUCAGCAGACAUCGGAGAAGUGGCUCCUGCUCCGGAUCGCCCGGGGUACGAGCCAGUGUCGUCCACGCUCUGGCGCCAGAGAGAGGAGUACUGCGCGCGGCUAAUCCAGCAAGCAUGGCGCAAACACCGUCAACACAAAGAUCAGUCCUCGCUCUCCGGUGCCGAGUCACAGGAAGAACUGAAGCAAGCAGAUACCGCCGUCUUGGUGGAAAGUGAUGGUUACGUCACAAAAAACGGCCAUAAGGUGGUGAUUCACUCGCGAUCACCAUCAGUGACGUCACGGUCCACUGACGUGUGACUAAUGAAAGGCGAGUAAAUGAAGUUGUUGCUGCUUUUUUAACUACACACGGGCCGGUUGUUAAUUAACACAUGGCUCUGUUAACUCCCGCAUGGCUCUGGUAUCAAGUACCACAUGAGCCGGCCGUUAACAAGCAAUUAGCGCCGUCGGUGUAGGGCUGCUGUAGCCGACACCGGCGUCGGCUGGGUGACUCAUGCUCGGGAACACCGCACUCUUAAUGCCUUGUUGUUUAAGUUUACAGUCCAACUGUCCUCAGCUUCCCGACCCACGAGUGCCGCGCCCUCUGUGCAGAUAUUAUUGGCCUAAGUGAUUCACCAUAUGUUUAUUUUUGUAUUUCAUUUUCUAAAUGGUUACUGGGCCAUUGCUUACCCGUCUUGGUACUGACGCUCGGCUCAAGUGAGGCUGGGUGCGCCUCGUCCUCAUGACGUUCACUUGUUAGUUGGCGUGGAGGUGACGUGGAGCCUGAUGACACUGCCGCCCCCACCCGGCCAUGGCCGCCAACCCGCCCAUGGCCGCCCACACACGCCCACGCUCACAGUAUUGUUGACACCCGGUGUAUGAAGCACCGACAACACCUCUUCCCUUCCCCGAGGACGGUCAGGGCAAGCCUGCCAGACAAGCAACAUAAAGACAAUGGCUGCCACAGCAGUACCACUGUGGCACCGAUCGCAGCAGAAGAAGGCCAGGCACAGGCAGCGACCAUGGCAGCCCAGGUGGGCGGAGCGCAGUGUCGCAGGUGAUAUGGAGAGGAACCCUUGUUAUGCGCAUAUCCCACCAACAAUACGAGUUCUCAACAAGUAUUAAAGGAAACUUCUAACUGCAUAAUUAUUACCCCUCACAUAAACUGUGUGUGAUACACAAAUGCCUUUACCCGAGUGCAAGCCGUGCAUAAUGCAAGUAGCGAGGUGCACAAUAAGGUAGAACUUGUAUUGUUAGCUGUCGUGUUUGCGGACAGCGCGCCACCCGGCCCCUGCGCUGCUCCAUAUUGUCACCGCAGGCAACCCUUCCCAACGCUACACUAAUGCAUCUGUCUCCCUACCUUCAUCCCUGCUGCUCCUCCCUUACCCUUCCUUCCCUAUCCCCUUACCGGCUGCAAGUCCUUCCAUUCCCUGCUCUUGUCCAACUCGUCACCUCCCAGUUUGAGUUCAUAACAUCUUAUAACUAACCAUAUCCUCUUAUUUCCCUUUGUCUCCUUGCGUAAUGUCUUUCCUAUUCUUUCAUUUUAUACUCUCUUCCCAGUGGUAAGACUUUUCCUUAGUUCCCAGAGCUUGUCACUUGCCUCAGGCUGGGCCGGGGGCGCGCGUAUCGCCCUGUUAUUGCCACACAAUUCUCCACUAACUCUUACCUAUAGAAUGUAUUCUGCCGUUACAUUGUUUUUAAAGCUUUAAUACUCUCACUGAUACGUGCAACUACUACGAGCUAGGGAGAAGUCAAGCCGGAGUCAAGUGUGUGCCUCUAACUUAAGUGUGGAGCUACUACCCCUGUCACCUGCUGCUCUGUCCACCCUAGGCAUACAUAGGCUGGUUCAGUGUGCUUUACAGUGGAUGUCAGUUCCACAAUAAACGUUAGCUGCCCAUACUUUUGUUUCUUGCCAUAGUUCCCCCCAGGGCAUCACAAAGAUCUCGGUGCCCCCAUCCGGGGUGCGCUCUUCUGUGGCGUCCACUCUUUCCCUCGGUGCCAUCCACCCGUCGAAGUUAACUUCCCCGUCUAUUCAACAUUUCCACCUCUUUUUCUGCUCUUCCUGCCUCUGAUCUACAUUGUCAGUCCUCGUCGCCACCUCUUUGUCAUCACCUCACUCCUGACGCUACGUCUAGUGUUUAAUCUAAUUGCUCAUUACCUAUUGAUUCCUGAGACACGUUGGCCCGUCCUUCCCCACAGCAGUGGGACGUCUCUCCUCCACAACCCUGUGUCUCUUGGGAUGUGGCCUUACCAAUUACCAUCCUUCAUUUAGCUAUGCCUUUCCAUAAUGAUCAAUUUCAUCUAAGAGCUAUGCAGGAUAAUUACUCAUUUCUACGGGAUCAGAUUUUCGCCCAAACCUAGCAUUUAAUUCUUACAAAAAUAAGAGUUAUAUUUUCAUAAUUCUUUUAAACUUUAUUUUAGAUUUUCGAUUCCAAGAGAGAGAGGAGUGUGGUGAGGAAGUGGGUGCUAGGGGCGUCCGUCUCUCUCUUCCCCAACAGAGAGGACCCCCAAAGAUGCUCUCCCUCACACACCAUCCUCAUCCUUACCCCUCCCAAACACAUCAGUAAAUAUAGUUUAUAUCAGCAGAUCAUAGCUGUUGUGUUUCGAAUCCAAAACUGGCAUACGGUUAACUUGUGGCUUCCUUCGGCACCAUCUCCGAUGGAUCAAUGCAUCUUUCUGUGCGAAAAUUUUGAUAUAUCUUGAUUCAUUUCUCGGAAAUUUACACGCCUUAUAUUGACCAGCCAAACUUUGGACUCCUUCGAGUUGUUCUCUCUCCCAUGUGGCAUCCACACCCUUGUCCGCCUUCCAGCGCCCAGACUCCCAAUGUUCACCAAGACCCAGAAAUAUUAUCCACACCUCACUAUUGUCUACACCAGUCAACCAUAUCCUUCACUGAACUUAGCCUUUAUGUACCUUUCCUUCCCUUUCACUCUCUCCCAUGCUCCCUUUACCUUCGGCUUUGGCCCAGCCCCCCCUACCCCAUCCUCUUUCCUGGCUAAUUUUAGCCACUCCUUGUCCCGGCUUACCUUCCUUGCCCCAACACCCAGCGCCCCAGUACACGGGGUGCAGGACACAGCUCAGCUCAACAUUGGUCCCGCUGACCGGAGCCCCGCCAUGCUCCAGGUCCCAAUAAUAUCGUUGCCGCGUUGCUUGCCCCUUGAGACUGGGUUGUCUGAGUCUUGAUGGCCUUAACUAUCUAGUGUAAUCGGUAUGGAUCGUUUCUUGCACAAUAUUCUAUGUCAACACGCCAUUAUUUAUGAAAUAAUUACUUACGAGUACAUGAGAUAAGUCAAUAUUAUACGAUUAUUCUGUGCAUAAUGAAUAAUAAAAAAAUAUUUUAUAUGUAUGGCCAUAAAAUGAAACUAAACUAUAAGAAAUGCCAUUUGCAUGAGAAAAUGCUGACCUGAACAGGAGGUGAGGAUACAGUGAACGGUGGGGUGACGUUCGUGCGGCGGGGGAACUAGCGCCCAGGAGUGCGGGCGGGCCUGGGUCCCAUGCGUCCUCUUCCCCCCACUGGUGACGUCACGUGGCCCCGCCCCCGCCCGCCCACCCGGCCCCGCCCACCGCCGCUGCCGACGGCCACCGCCUCCUUCACAAGAGCACAAAGCAGCAGCUGAGCACCAGCCGCUGGUCGACCAUGUGGUGGGUGUCAGGCUCCCUGUCGCUCAAUGCCUACCUCUCUUGUGUUGGAAAUCUUUAUUAUUCUGUAUCUAGAUAUCUUGCAGAGUUUAUUUCAUUGGUCCAAAACUCUGUUAACACUUCAUAACCAUGUAGCAUAGGAAUAUUGUUGAAAAUUUUGCUAUGGAACUUUUAUCUGAGUGAUCGGAAAAUAAGAUGGAAUUCUCUCCUCCCAUAGUAAUACUCCAGGCUUGACUGUGCUGGCACGAGGGGGCACGGUGCCACCGGGGCAGCCAAUCAGUGAGCGACUCUAUUUCCCUCCAGGGCGACGCGCCGCCCCUUGUUCGUAGCUAGGUGAUGGUAGGUCAGAGGAGGCCCACCGCCCGGGCUGCACAUCUCACUUGUGUCCACUGCUACACCGCUCCGCUCCCACCGGCACCCUGCCCUCUCCUCCAUACAACAAAGGCUUGUAACUGCAGACACUAACUUUUAAGAGACAGUGCUGUGAAACUCCUUCAGAUUUGUACACGUCUUAGUUUUUAAGGUGAAUGGUGCACUGGAGGCAAGGCCCGUACUGCACUGCUCCACACGACCUUGCUAGGCGGCCUCCGCUGCAACACUCAGCAACACUCAGUUUGUCCUUCUCUUGGUUUGGAUCAUCCUCAUGUGAUACCAAUUCUGUAAUAUUCAAAUUGUUAUAUUCUUGAUAAGCAAAUUUGUUUUGUAUUCUGAUGGCUGCGAUGAGAUGUGUUGGUUUAAUGCUAUUCCUUUUUGUAAGUUUGAAUACCCACGGAAAGCAAGGGAACGGGCACCAGAGACGAGGGCUCAGACCUCAACCACAUCAUUCUUCCCCGGGUGUCCUUGGGGUUCCUCCCUCAUCCCUGAUCUUCACCUCAAUCAGACCUCAGCGCGUGUUGCCCUAUAGUCCUUCCAUGUUUUCAGUCCUUAUACCCUCGAAAGUAGAAUUCUCGAGAAAUCUUCACUCCUCGUCUCCCUUACUUUCCGUAACUACCAACAGACAACGACCAGGCGAUAUGUUGCAGCUUAAUCUUGUGGUUUGCGGAGAUGAUUGACGUAACAACCCCCUUCCCCUCUAAUCAAACAACAGAGCCCCAACUCCUCCUCCUCCUCCUCCUCCCCCCUCCCUCAAGCCACCACAAUCAUCAUCAGUUGAUAGCUGCCACAGGGAUAGGUAUCCCGGCUUCCCUAGUGUUUCGCUCCUAGAGGUACGUGGAAAACUAAUUUGCUGUGUGGGUCAAAUAUGUGGGAGAGUGAGAGCUUGUGGGUAACGUAUGUAGGAGAGUAAUGUAUUAUAAAUCAAGUGUGUAAGUUAGCAGGGUGAAGUAAUUUGUGUGUGUGUGGGAGAGAAGAUUGAUGAGUCACGUGCGUGGGAGAGUAGAUUGACGAGUCACGUGCGUGGGAGAGUAGAUUGAUGAGUCAUGUGCAUGGGAGAGUAGAUUGAUGAGUCACGUGGGUGGAAAAGUAGAUUGAUGAGUCACGUGCGUGGGAGAGUAGAUUGAUGAGUCACGUGCGUGUGAGUAGAUUGAUGAGUCAUGUGCAUGGGAGAGUAGAUUGAUGAGUCACGUGCAUGGAAAAGUAGAUUGAUGAGUCACGUGCGUGGGAGUAGAUUGAUGAGUCAUGUGCAUGGGAGAGUAGAUUGAUGAGUCACGUGCGUGGAAAAGUAGAUUGAUGAGUCACGUGCGUGGGAGUAGAUUAAUGGGUCAUGUGUAUGGGAGAGUAUAUUGAUGAGUCAUAUGCCUGGGAGAGUAGAUUGAUGAGUCACGUGCGUGGGAGAGUAGAUUAAUAAGUCACGUACGUGGGAGUAAAUUGAUGAGUGACGUGCAUGGGAGAGUAGAUUGGUGAGACAUGCGUGUUGGCGAGUAGAUGGAUCAGGCAUGUGUGUGGGAGAGUAGAUUGAUGAGUCAUGUGAAUGGGAGUAGAUUGACGGGUCAUGUGCGUUGGAGAGUAGGUUGAUGAAUCACGUGUGUGGAUUAAAUUGAUGAGUCAUGUACAUGGGAGUAGAUUGAUGAGUCAUGUGCGUGGGAGAGAAUAUUGAUGAGUCAUGUGCGUGAGAGUAGAUUGAUGAGUCAUGUGCGUGGGAGUAGAUUGAUGAGUCAUGUGCGUGGGAGAGUAGAUUGAUGAGUCACGUGCGUGGGAGUAGAUUGAUAAGUCAUGUGCGUGGGAAAGCAGAUUGAUGAGUCAUGUGCGGGGAGAGUAGAUUGAUGAAUCAUGUACAUGGGAGUAGAUUGAUGAGUCAUAUGCGCGGGAGAGUAGUCUGUGCACGGUAUGAUUGAAGCUGCACGUAGAAAUGAAUGAAGGUGUCUCCUGGAGAGUGUAGGUUGGAGUGUCUCCUGGUGAGUGUAGGUUGGAGUGUCUCCUGGUGAGUGUAGGUGGGAGUGUCUCCUGGUGAGUGUAGGUUGGAGUGUCUCCUGGUGAGUGUAGGUGGGAGUGUCCCCUGGUGAGUGUAGGUUGGAGUGUCUCCUGGUGAGUGUAGGUGGGAGUGUCCCCUGGUGAGUGUAGGUGGGAGUGUCUCCUGGUGAGUGUAGGUUGGAGUGUCCCCUGGUGAGUGUAGAUGUGAGUGUCUCCGUGACUCCUGGUGAGUGCAGGUGGGAGUGUAGGUGCACCUACACUCUGGGGAGUGUAGGUGCAGAAGUAGCAAUAAGAUCUCUAGGGGUACACGUGGAUAAUGGUAUUAGAAGGCAUGGAAUAGGGAUCUCUAGGGGUACACGUGACAAUGGUAUCCAUGGAAUAGGGAUCUCUAGGGGUACACGUGACAAUAAUGUCCAUGAACAGAGAUCUCUUGGGGUAUACGUGACAAUGGUAUCAAUGGAACGGAUACCUUCUCGGCAGGAAAAGUUGUGACGAAAUAAGUUCUGAAAGACAGCCGCGAUUGAAAGCAAAAAUGAAAAGAAUAUAUAUAACAGGUUGGGAUUGUUAAAUUAUCAGUCGUUAUAAUGAUAGUAAUUAGAAUUAGACACUAUCUGUAAGAACGUGUGCAAAUCAUUAUAAUAUUGGCUGGACUAAACAAGUGUAAAGUAGACUAAAUCAAACUGACAUUGGCAUAUAUUGAAGAACAUUUAGCUUAUAAUUUUCAAGGUAAUAUGUAUUUGCUAAAGUAAUAUGUUGUUUAAUACAAAUAUCUAUAAUAAAUAUAAUCAGAUUCUCAAAAUUGAGUCAAUAUGAUAAAUAAAAUAUGGAACAUUAUAAAUAAUUGGGUUUAGGAGCAGGUGUACCAGCACGAGAAGGAGGGAUCCAGUGUGGUUUAUAGCGAAACACUGAGUAUUAUGGCGGUUAGUCCUGGUACACAAGCCUCGCCACACACACACACUGUAGAAGCGGUCCUCAUAGGUGUCUUGAUCAUGUAGUCUUAGUUAUCAAUGCCUAAAAAAAUAAGUCACGGGUAGAGCAAUUCAAAGUUGUAGAAUUAGCCAGCAAAAGAUGAGGCAAGGCAUGUAUUAGCCAGUUGGAAAAUAACCACAUAUUCGUAAGUAAAGUAUUAGCU